AUGCCACGCAUGAAACAUAGCAAGCAAAUGGGACUUUCAUAUCAUUCCCUUUCACCCUCUGUCCGUUCCCUUCCCCCCAUUCCAAGCAUUCCCUUUCCCCCCUCUCUCCGUUCCCUUCCACAUUCCCUGCAUUCUCUUUCUCCCCCUCUCUCCGUUCCCUUCCUCAUUCCAAGCAUUCUCUUUCCCCCCCUCUCUCUCUAUUCCCUUCCCCCUUCUGAGCAUUCCCUUUCCCCCCUCUUGCCGUUCCCUUCCCCAUUCCCUGCAUUCCCUUCCCCCUUCUCUCUCCGUUCCCUUCCCCAUUCCAAGCAUUCCCUUUCCCCCCCUCUCUCCAUUCCCUUCCCCCUUCUGAGCAUUCCCUUUCCCCCCUCUCUCCGUUCCCUUCCCCAUUCCAAGCAUUCCCUUUCCCCCCCUCUCUCCAUUCCCUUCCCCCUUCUGAGCAUUCCCUUUCCCUCCUCUCUCUGUUCCCUCCCCCCCCCCCCCCCCCUCUCUUCAUUCCCUUCCCCAUUCCAAGCAUUCCCUUUCCUCCCCUUACUCCAUUCACAUCCCCCUCCUGACCAUUCCUUUCCCCCCCUCUCUUCGUUCCCUCCCCCCAUCCGAUAUACCCUUGCCCCCCCCUCUCUCCAUUCCCUUCCUCUUUCUGAGCAUUCCCUUUCCCCCCUCUCUCCGUUCCCUUCCCCAUUCCCUGCAUUCCCUCCCCUCCCCCCUCUCUUCGUUCCCUUUGUUGUGCCAACACACUAUAGUAGCACCCCCUCCCUCCUCUUCAUUGCCCCUCUCUCGGCUUCUCUGACCAUUGCUUGCCAUCCAAGCCCCUUCCUCCUCUUCUAUGACCCUAUCUCGGCUUCUCUGACCAUCGCUUGCCAUCCCAGCCCCUCCCUUGGCUUCUCUGCCCCUCUCUCGGCUUCUCUGACCAUCUCUCUGCCCCUCUCUUGGCUUCUCUGCCCCUCUCUCGACCACUCGGUUCUAAUAUAUGCUUGUAUCGCUUUCCACCCAUCCCUCAUGUAUGGACAGGGGCACUAG